AUGGACUUUAAAUUGUUAGGUCCGAAAAAUGACAUACGGUCACUAAAAGUACAAGUGGUAGCAUCAUUUUGCAACAUAAAGCUAAAUAUUCCUCAAUUUGAAAUAGGGAAAGAUGAUAAGACUCAAGAUUUUUUGAAACAUUCCCCAUUGGGAAGAUUGCCAGUUUUAAUAACCUCCCAAGGUAGUCUAUUUGAAAGCAAUGCUAUUAGUAAAUAUUUAUGCAACAUAAGAAAAGAACAUAAUUUAUUGGGAAAAGGAGUUUUUGAAGAAGGACAGGUGAACAUGUGGGUAGACUUUAAUACAUAUGAAUUAGAAAUACCAGUAUGCUGUUACAUUAGUAAUAAAUCUAAUGAAAAAUCGUUAAAGCAUAUAGAAGAAACUUUUAGCUGCCUGAAUAAUCAUUUGUUGUUAAAUCAAUUUAUGGUAGGAAAUGGAAUAACUUUAGCAGAUUUGUUUAUAUGUGUAAUUAUAAACUUUUCAAUUAAAGCAGGGAAAUUAGAUGAGAAUUUUUUAAAAAAAUAUGUAAAUUUGUUUAGACUAUACAACACAAUAAGUAAUCAGAAGCAGUUUAAAUAUGUAUUUUCCAAUCAGCAGCAAGGGGCAGGGAAAAAAGGAGGAAAUGCACAAGAGAAGAAUGUAAAAAAUAAUGGAGACAAGACAAAUAAUGAAAAGAAAAAAGAAAAAAAUAAUAAAAAAAAGGAUAAUAAAAAUGAUGAAGAUAAUGAUGAAUUCGAACUAUUUAGUGAUGAACCAACAGAAAAAAAAACAAAAAAAACAAAUCCAUUGGAUUUAUUACCCGCUUCAUCAUUUUCUCUUGAUGAAUGGAAAUACAAAUUUAGUAAUGAAAAAGAUCUUUACAACAAUGCCAUGCCACAUUUCUGGAAAACAUAUGAUCCCAAUGGAUUUUCAUUAUACUACAUGAAGUAUGAUAAAUUAGAAGAUGAAUGUCAAAUUUCUUUUGUUGCUUGUAACAUGGCAGGUGGAUUUUUACAAAGACUAGAUAAUAAUUUUUCUAAAUACUCAUUUGCAGUUAUUACAGUAUUAGGAGAAAAUAAAGAUUAUGACAUUGAAGGUGUGUGGUUAUUUAGAGGAACCGAAAUUCCAUUUGAAAUGAAAGAUCAUCCAUCUUUUGAAUAUCACAUUUUUAAAAAAUUGGAUAUCAACAAUAGCAAAGACAAGAAGAUUGUUGAGGAUUAUUGGUGUUCAAAGGAAACAGUCGCAGCUCGUCCACUUGUCGACAGGAAGGUUUGGAAGUGA